GCCGGACGACUCAUUCAAAAGGCUUAGCUCGUGAUCGCAAUGUGCAUUGCGUCCUUCUCUUUCUCUUCGACCUACAUUGACGACUCGGCGAUUGAAGAGGCAAGAGAGACUAAGAGAGGUGGUGGUUGUUGUGAAGAGAGAGACUUCACUAUAUUAUUGAAAAGUGAGUGGACUUCGACUUUAUUAUUUAAGAGAGAGAGGAAUUCACUUCCUUACUCCGUUUAAGGACCGUAAACGAGUCAAGAGAAAGUGAGAGAGGUGAUCGGCACCGAACGGGGGAGAGGUGCAUUUACUUUAGUGUUAUUUCUUUGAUUUGUUACUUGAUUUAGAGGGGAGAUCGGACUCUACUCCGUCGAUCCCGAGGGAUCUCGAGUACGGAAUCCUCCGUUAGGUGCUUCGGCAGACAAGCACCGGCAUUGAGUCCUGUCAUACGCGCCCGAGAGACGUGGCAACAGCGAGUACCAUGGAAGGAGGAAGAGGAGGAAGGGGCGAUACCACCUAUCAUGGAGUUGUUGUUCCUCUACAGUUGGAGAUCAGUCGUCUUGUCCUUAUUCUGGCAUUAAGUUUUCUGCUCGUGGUGAGCGAGCUUGCUCCACAUUCAAUCGGGGUCGGUGCGACUCGUAUACGGUUUGUUCGCGGGCAUGCCAUCGACGAAGACACCCUGUUUAGACCAGCCAGGCUGCUGUACGGUGAUGGUAUGGCGGCAGGCUUCGGAGCCGUGGGUCCUAUUACGGGUGUUGCAGGGGUCGGUGCUAAUCUGACGAUCACUGGCAAUCUUACAUUGACGAGUCCAAUAGGCGGCUUUAAUACCACUUUUACGGCCGGUGUGGGCGGGAGCGCAAGUGUGGCUGCCUGGCCUAUCGACUACGGCGAAGCGUUGCAGAAAUCCAUUCUGUAUUUCGAAGCGCAAAGGUCUGGCAAAUUGCCGCGACCCAGUCGAUUCUCCUGGAGAGGGGACUCCGCCCUAACGGACGGUCAGGAUGUAUUGAAAGACCUUACUGGGGGCUAUUACGAUGCCGGUGAUCUGGUGAAGUUCGGUCUUCCUAUGGCCUUCUCUAUGAAGCUCCUUGCAUGGGGAGUCCUGGAGUUCGCAUCGGACUAUGGAGCAGAGCUUGGGAAUGCGUUAGAAGCCAUCAAGUGGGGAACCGACUACUUCCUCAAGUGUUGGGACAACGCAGCCCAGGAGUUAUACAUCCAGGUUGGUGAUGGGAACAUAGACCAUAAGUGCUGGGUUCGACCGGAAAUGAUGACGGCGCCGAGGCCAUCUCUCAAAAUCUCUCCGACGAAGCCUGGGGCUGAUGUAGCAGGACAAACGUCAGCCGCGCUCGCUGCCGCGUCUUUGGUUUUUAAGGCGGUGGAUCCUGUGUACUCCGAUCAGCUCCUCACUGCAGCGCGGCAAAUUUGCGCCUUCGCUAUGACUUACCGGGGGAAGUACAGCGACAGCAUUCCGGAGGUCAAGAAAUUCUACACAUCUACGAGUGGCGAUGUGGACGAGGUGCUUGCUUGCAAUGCCUGGCUACUUAGGGCCACCGGAGAGGCCCAGUAUCUGGCUUACGUGACGGCCCCCGUGAUUGUCAACAGCUUGAAAUUUGGUCCCGAGUGCUCAUGGGACGACAAUAAUGCUGCCGCCCAAGUGCUGCUGGCGACUGUGGCAUCUGCCGCGUUUGUGGCUGGAAACACGGUCGUUGCCAAUAUGCUGGCUCCUUAUACCGCGAUCGCCGACCGGUACGUGUGUUUCGUGGCUUCCCAGGCGCCGAAGACUCCCGGUGGGUUACACUGGAUGCUGGAGUGGGCUCCGAAUCAAUACGUUGGCACGGCUACCUUGCUAUCCCUCAUUUACACGAAUCGCGUGGUCACUCCGCUCACCUGCGGCUUGACCAGCGAUCAGGUUCAUAGCUGGGUGGACUCGCAGGCCCAGUACAUCCUGGGCAAAAAUCCGUUGAAGAUGAGCUACAUGGUUGGCUAUGGCGUCAGUUAUCCUCAGCGUGUGCACCAUCGUGGAGCGUCUAUUGCGGACCCAGUGUCGCCAGCUGGCUCGGUCCUCCCUUCAGACGUUUUCUCUUGUAAUGGGGGAUGGGACGCCUGGUACUACAUUGAUAGAGCAAAUCCGAACGUGCUGAUCGGUGCCAUUGUCGGAGGACCGGACUUCAAGGAUGGGUUCCUCGAUGGCAGGGAUAAUUACCAGCAAAACGAAGCCACUAUUUACAUUAAUGCGGCGUUCGCGGGUGUUUUUGCCCGCCUUUGCAGAAAGUAAUCACGCUGUCCGGCAGGUCGUUCUUACUCUCAGUAUGGCUAUACACAUUGACGAAUAACGAAGUCGCGCGGAAAAGAGGGCAUGAAUGUGUGUGUGAGAGGGAGAGAGUUAUCGAAUGUCGCAGUGUUACUACUGUCAGCCUCUCAAGAUCAGAAACUCUCAGCAGGUGCCGCCAAUCGCACGGGUGAGGUUCGGCAAAAAAGUUGCAGGUUUUUUUUUUUUUUUUUUUUUUUCUUAACUCUGAAGUCGAAUAGGGCCAUGUGCUGGCGCAAAAGAUGUAGGAAAAGAUAAUAAUAAAUUUUUCAACGAAGUCGAGAGUUCUUAACGACGUCCGGAGUUCUUCAUUUUAAAUCCUCGCUGACUUGCUGUUUGCGAGAGAGCGAAGGCCAGACCUAUGCACUAUUUGAGAGUCUGGCGUGCGGCUUUUAGGGUACACCCACACUUCUCCGUUCCUGAAUGCACCUGAAUGCAUCUCACCACCGCUGUUGUGCGACCAUAUUCAGUGAACAAAGUCCUGCUGAGAGAUUGCUCGUAGUUCACCCCUCGCCCCCCACAACAACAACAACAACAUAGGCUGUCUGAGCUUUGCUAAUGUGACACAUGUACAUUAUUUUCAUCGAAUCCACCCGGCGAACGUCUGUCGAUCCAUCCGCCCCACCGUCCUUCCCAUCGAUUCAAUCGAUCCCAUCGCACUCUUCUUAAUUAUUAUGAGGGCGAGCAAACGUCUCACUGCUGCUGACGUUUUGCCAGCAGGCAGGUGAUGUUUCUGACGUAAUGAUUCUCUCUGAACUUGCCAGUGUGAGUUACCUGAGCCCUCCUUUGUACUCUAUUGGUGUGCACUUCGAUGCUGUCCGAGCCGAGUCGAAUUCGAUUGGCUAGACAGCCAUUCCUCACUCGGCUUUGUGCUAGACAGCCGUUCCUUACUCGGCUUUGUGCUAGACAGCCGUUCCUUGCUCGGCUUUGUGCUCGAGGAAGCCUUUCUGACCAUUUUCAAAUUUUUGAUUUCGAGUGCUGGACUCGACAGCCUGCGCGAAAUGGUAGCCUUCUGAUCGGACUAGAGGACUGCAGGGUCUGCACCAUUUAUGUAAGCCCCCCCUUAUUCGAGUACAUUCUAGUGCACAAUCUGUCAAUCUGCGGCAUAGUAGAUGUCAGCUCCUCUGAUGUUGUAUGUUGGCACGGCAUUGUUGUGGUUUCUGCACUCAGCCCCUAUUGGUUGGUGUAGUUUGCACAUUCUGAAUCUUUUGCAGGGUCUGCGUUCCGAUAUGUAUCAGUACCAUUACCUCCAUAUCCUGUUCGAGGGUUUGUUUACAAUGCGUGCGUUGAUUUAUUGCAUCCUACUCUUUUCGACUAUUCGGUCUCUCGCUGUUCUCCGUGGCGACUACUUUCUCGCCCUCGGGCAUUGGUACACGCAUGACUAACUGCCAGUUUGCAGCCUACUAAGGGCUCGGUUCUAUCCUGCACGUCUUUUUGUACAUUAAUUAAUUUGAUUCAGGUUGGACUUUUGCGAGUUUAGUAGUUACUUAGUACUAUGAGCGAGUUUGAAGUUGGGUGCCUUGUUUGCCCGAACCGCGACUUUUUGCUACCUAAGGACUAAGCAAGGAAUUAUUGAGUGCGCCCAGGUCGCAUACUUCAAUCUACGUAGCUCUGCAUGAGAAAUUGACGCGAUUCACAUUGGCUCUUCGUUUUUAUUUUUUUUGUUUUUUUGUUCCCCCAAAAGACUGCCUUUGAGUCGAUCCAUCCCCUCACUGAUGAGAUCUUUCUUCUUGGUCGUUAUUUGUUUUUUGUUUUUUUUAUGCAUUUGAUUGGAUUACUGUGCGAUGGACGAGCUGUCUGCUCAUCUUGGAUCACUGCCUGAGCGACAAGUGGCCGGAAGGAGGUCCGUGUGUCUGAACCGUACCGCAUUGUGUAUCGUCGUAUCUCGUAUAUAUUUAACACACGAUCCACCCUCUGGUGAAGACCUCCACGCAGCUGGUCCAAACGCGUAGGGGUCUGUGCGAGCUCUGCGUUAGCGAAGACUUGGCUGUGUAGUGCUUUAUUCCUAUAGUCGAUAGUCAAUUUGUGUUCGGAAGCAGGUUGCUUUUACCAUUCAAGGCUGGCUUUCAUUCCUACAUGCGACGAAGCUUUAGCUAGCCGGUCUGCUUUACAGCGGAGUUAGGUAGACGCUCUACUUUUUUUCUCUCAAGUACUAUGACUAUAUAUAGAGAUAGAUGCCAUUGGAUAGAUAUACAUACAACGUCUUUCUUCCCACCCGCGGCUUGUUUGGCUUCGUGAAGUAAUUUGUCAUUCUUGAUGGAAUCUAAUCUGAAGGUGGUGUAUAAGAUUUCAUGGUUAUCUUAUCAAAAGAUAGUUACCGACUCUUCUCUCUUCAUCGUCCAGAAUCAAUCCCAACCAGACCCAGCGAUCGUGCAGUUAGAGUAUAGAUUCCCGAUUCCCCUUGAGUCCUGACCUUGCACUGCACUGACUGCGCUGAGCAGACCCUUCGCACGUCUGAUCUAUUGCCAGGCUUAGAUAAUUAUAGGCCUUUUUAGCAGAAGAUGCACGGUGACAAGUGAAUGCUAUAGGCACUUCUUUCCUCUAUUGCUGUUGAAUGACAUUAUAGCCUUUUUGUUUUGUUUUGUUUUGUUUUUAUAAUGAAGUCUUUCGAGCUGA